GGUUGGAAGCCCAGUGCCAAAGCGAGAGUGUUGUAGUUCUUAGUGUCUUAAGAAAUAGUAUAUUUUUGUUAAUAGGAUAUAAAAUCGCGAGUGUUCAUAUGGUGAUCGAUUUUAUCGUAAAAUGUCAACUAGAUCCCAACUAACAAAGGAUUUAAACGAAAGUGUGAAAGCGUUACUUGGAAAACAUGUCAAGAUACUGCACAAGAACGUCGUUAAGUUGGAGACGAAAGGAGACAAGACAGAAAACAGAGUGCUGGUGUUUUCCCCAUGCCGGUUGUUCCUGCUCACCGCGAAGGUGCCAACCAAGAUUGAAUCACACUUCCAUUACCUAGAAAUACAAGCUGUUGAAAGCAAGAAAUCAAAUCAGUUGUGCCUCACUGUUGGUGAUAAGCAGUACUCCUUUUUGACUGCUGAUGAUUCAGUCAGCCAUGAUGUUGACUCUAUGAUAAAAGCGCUGACAACAGCCAUCAGAAAUAUAUUUCCUACAGUUCCUUUACAGCAUAUUAUCAGGAGGAUAGAAGUGGUGCCAGAGUCACGAAACCAGUACCUGCAAGAUAGUCCCAGCGAUGGGCGUGCCACAGCUGUUGGUCCAUGCGGUGGCUUCUCCACACAGUAUGCUUGCAUGUGUGAUUACCACAAUAUGCCUUAUCGGGAGGAGGUGUCCUGGGACGUGGACACAAUAUACCUCUCUCACGACACACGAGAAUUAUGUCUGAGGGACUUCGACCACCUAGAUCCAAAGGACAUAGUGCCUAUAAUCAGUGCCCUAGAGUACAAUACGUGGUUCACAAAACUGAAAGCCAGCAAUAUGAAGCUGACCCAUGAGGCCUUGGAUCGGUUAUUGCACAUAUUGAAGAAGACUCUUAGCCUUGAGGAACUUUAUCUGGAUAACCUCGGUGUUAAAUGGGAUUUUGCUCACAAACUGUCACUGGCGUUAAUAGCAAACAGCAACACACCUCUUCAUACUUUAGACUUGUCUAACAAUCUGAUAGAGGAUAAAGGUGUUAAUCAGCUGAGUAGCCCACUUGGGAAACUUCCAAAAGGCUUGGUUCAUCUAAACCUUUCUCACUGUGGUUUGUCCUCAAAGGGUGUAAACCAGCUCGCACAUGCACUGUCGGUCAAUAAGCUGGUCCCAAGCACAUUAAGCUACCUCAACCUCAGUGGGAACAAUCUCAAGGAGGAAAUAAAUAACCUAUGUAACUUCCUUGCACAACCAAACAGUUUGACCCACUUAGACCUUUCUGGAACUGAUACGGUACUAGAAUCGAUAUUUGGAGCUCUCUUGAGAGGAUGUGCAACUAACUUGGUACAUUUAAAUGUUUCUCGCAACAUGUUCAGCACAAAGAAGACUAAAGAAGUUCCACCAUCAUUCAAACAGUUCUUCACAAGUACUCUGAGCCUCAAAUCUCUCAAUAUGUCAUUUUGCAAACUACCUCUGGAAGCUCUGAAGAAUCUGUUGCUUGGACUGGCAUGCAAUGAGUCUACAGUUGACCUGGAACUCGAUCUGAGCUGCAACAACCUGGGUGCCCAAGGUGCCCACGUGCUAGAAUCUUGCGUGCACGGUAUCCGCUGCAUCUCGAGUUUGGACAUCAGUGAAAACAAUAUGGAUGCAGACUUAGCUUCUGUGGUGACAGCCAUCAGCAAAAAUAAAUCAAUCAAGCACUUGAGUAUGGGCAGGAACCUCAAUAACAUGAAAGCUAAAUAUAUUGCUUCUGUUAUGGAUGCUGUUGUGCAGAUGAUACAGGAAGAAGAUUGUGUUCUUCAGUCAUUAUGCAUACCAGAUUCCAAACUGAAGUCUGAUCUCUACAAUUUGAUUAAUGCAUUGGGGAGUAAUCAGUGCUUGCAGAUGAUAGACAUCAGUGGAAACAUGAUGGGGGACAAUGGAGCCAGGCUGCUUGCAAAAGCACUGCAGAUCAACUCGAAAUUGCGAACAAUAAUUUAUGAUCGCAACAAUAUAACAUUGCAAGGCUAUUCGGACAUAGCGUAUGCAUUGGAGAGUAAUUAUACUGUACGCUACAUGCCUUUUCCAAUUUAUGACAUUGUCCCCUGUAUGAAGACUUCUGCAGAAAGAACAGAUGCCGUUAUGAAGAAAAUCCAAGAUAUCCUGCACAGAAACGUCACACCAAAAAUAUACAGUAAUGGCCAGGCCUUCAGAUUGCAGCAGGGUUUCCUAUUGAGUUCCACACAGCAAAUGGUGGAUCGACUAGUAGUACAGACACAGAAUAAGAUACGUACUCUUGCUCAGGAAUCAACAGAGAAUAACAAUGAUAUUAAUCAAGCAACAGGGCUCAUAAAGGAUGCUGAUAACUCCAAACAGCUUCUGACAAGACUACAAGAAGCUGUGCAGUGCAAAGAAGAAACCGGAAACCCGAUUGACGUCAAGCUGCGUGAAGUCUCGGAUGAACUGCAUGCGGUCAUUGUUGAGUACCUGCAGAAUUCUUUGGAGAGCAUGAUGAAAUGUGCACAAGAACAGUGCCCACAUGUUCUGUCUGAUGAACAUGUACGUGCAGAAAUUCUGAAAUUGUGCAGAGAAAAAAAUCGUCUUUCUUCAGAUUUUGUGCACUCUUGUGUUGUUGAGCGUGCUGGCACAGAAAUUGUUAACAGAAUCAAUGAAUUGAAUUUGGCUGUGGCUGCCCGUGUGUCAGACCGCAUUACAGAUGAAGUCAUAGAAUCACUGUCGAGGAGUUACAAAGCAUUGGUUGGUGAUACAAAUGAAAAGCGUUCUUCAACACCAGAUGUAUUGAGAACCAGGUCUCGUGUGAGUUCGGGCUCGUCACGCAAUGAUCCCAGUGACACCUUCUCCACAGCUGACACCAUUAGCCAACGUUCGGACCAGUCACCAAUGGCCACUCCACACCUCUCUACAAAACGAAAAAGUCUCCACGGUCGCAAACUGAGACCGAAAUCUGUUGUAGACAGUAUAGAGGGUCUUUCAGCUGAUGACAUUCCAGAUUUGCUUCCACCACUGCCCUGCUCAGAAAGAGAAUCACCUGAUUGUGGCCCAUUACGGUUAAGACAUCUUGUGAAGGGACGCCCACGUCGUGCAAAAACACGCGCUCCAACGAGGCCUGUUCUACGUCCUUCAGAGUUAACAGAUGUCGAUGGUUUGGGUCUUUCUGAAGGUCUCGACACUUUCUUUCGACCCGGAUCAACAACACCACUUGUGUCUCCAGUUUCUGAUGACAGUUCACACACGUUUCCAUCAGAUAUCAGCCCUAAUCGCACACCACUAAUAAAAGAUGAACUAAAUUACCAAGAAAACAAAACAAGCUCAUCUGAAAUUGUUAGAAAUGUGAGAAUCGCCCCAGAGAUGAGCAGAAGCUUUACAGAAGAUGACUCCAGAAGCGAAACACGAUUGGGGAGAAGCUCACCGUUACCAAAAGCAAUUUCUGGGCUUCUGGAGCCUGUCUCAUCACAGCUGGCAGCUGGAGCUGCGAUGCAGUCACAGUCGACUGACAGCCUGGAGCGACGGUCGCCACUGACUGGGCGACGGUCUCAGGGUGAUUCCCCACUUACGGCUUCCCCUCUGGCUCUCUCCCGAAGGCUGGCACAGUCAUCAAAUGCUGAACAAAUAUGUGGAGGACAGUGUGUAAGGGAGGAAAGUGAUGGCACUGUACAAGAUGGGCUGGAGAGUCGUUCCGGGAUUGGUGGACCCUAUAGAUCUAGAGCUGGCACAGGACCUGAAGUCAGGAAAAGAACAUCUAGCAAGCAGGAUGUGGAUGCCGAAAAACCACCCUCUCCCAUUGUGGCACCUGGUGUGAAACUGCGUUCCACAGGACUUGUGGAAUCACUGCGUUCUCCUACUGAAAGUUUUCCAAAGGGAACCACAGCUGAUGGUCCGAAGUCACCAGUUCUUAAGUCGACAACAAAAGACGCUUCCCUAAGGACGAAUGACAGUACAACCUGCUGUGGUGGCAAACAGUGCAACAGCCGACAGAAACCACCUCCCCCCAUUGCACCGAAGCCAAGACCAUGGUCUGUUGUCGGAGGGGAUCGGAAGUCAGGGGAGUUUUCGUUGCUGAGUGAUGGUUCCAGUACGAAUACCUCUGCUGCCAAUACCCCUGACUUGGAUUCAGGAGAUACGUUGGAUGAAUCUACAGACUCUGGAGUCGCGAGUUUGGGAUCUGGAGGAGGUUGCAGUGCUGGAACCACAGUGCCUGAGAAACGAUCAGUGAGGGAGCUAGCUGCCAGCUUAGACAAACAAGGUUCGGGUGGCAGGACCGGCUCCUCACACAGCACAGAAUCAGAAAAUGUAUCUGUCAGCUGCACGGCUGGCUCUGAAGCCCCUCUCCGCUCUCGCAACUUCAUGCAUUUGACUCGGAGAAGUGAUGGACCAUCCUCCACUGAAACAAAGGAAGUUCUGGAGAGCUCGGUUGAAGAUAAUGGGAUACUUGAAAGGAAGAUAGAAAUUGUUACCUCAAGGAAGAAGAGACAAAGCUAUGUGCUGAACUCCCAGUAUGCAUUUGACGAAGAUGUAGUAGAUGUCUGACAGCACUUACAACUUCAAAACAUUAUUUUUUAUUUUGUGUACUGAGUUACAUUGAACAUCAUUCCUCUUCCCCCACUCUCUCUGGCAUAUUGCCAGAUGACUGAUGUAAAAAUGUUUUAGCUUAUUCACUGACUUGUUAUAGUUAAAAAGAAUUUUAUUAUCAGUAUAGUGAAAGUAUUUUAUAUGCAGUAAACUGUGCGCUUUUUGGCAUUCAUACUGCCAGAUCUUUUGUGUGUGCUUGUGUGUGUGUGUGUGUGUGUGUGUGUGUGUGUGUGUGUGUGUGUGUUUCCACAGAUGUACUACACAUUGUCAUAACAAUAUCUGCAGAGCUGAAAUAAUAUUAUUGGUUUUAAAUCAGCAAUUUUUUCAGAGAUAUUUAUUAGAAUUUUAUUUUUCAUGGUUAAUGGGUUUUGUAAAUUAUGAUUAAAAGCCCAUAGUGAGUGUUACAAUGGAAUGUUUAUAUUAUCACAGUUCUAAUUUGACUCUGCACUCGUGGUUAAGUUAUGAAACAGUUCUUUUACAAUGACAUCUAAGAUGUAGUACAGAAUUACAUCCCUCUUCUUACUAAUUCAGUUCCAUUAUAGGUAUAUUCUGUUUUACAAUGUGAAGUGACGCUGUAUUUCACUUUUGUUGUUUAUUGCUCUCAGUUAAUAUUUCCCACCAUGUCGUAUUUGCUCUUAGAAUUUCAGUGAUGGUUGAAUUCACAGUUCUAUGAUGGCAAACCUGUUCCUGUGGUGUUUUCACUCUUUCUUUUAUUCUUGUAAGGGGCUGCUCUGCUAAUUUUGGAUCAACUGCAGAGGAACUAGCUUUUCUCCAAUCUUUAACAGAGAUUUUGUAUGUGGUUACUAGGUACACCUACUGAAGCACUGGGAGGUAAAUUUCCCCAUUACUUUUGGCAUGCUUUUUUCCUAAUAAUUGAGGUAAACAGUCCUAAAAAUAUUAUUUUCUUAUGUUAUUAUUAUUAUUAUUAUUAUUAUUAUUAUGUAGUAACAAGAUUCUGUUUUGUAUUAAGUAUUACUUUUGAAACCCAUGCAAGGUUCUUUCUAAGUGUUAGAAGUUGGUGAGUGUUCAUGAUAAGGGUUAUAUAAAUUCCCAUGCUCAUUCAUUAAGUUCGUUGAGUGCAGCUGAUCAUUGUCAAAUGUGUGUUCAUAUUUCCCACUUUAUUUUCAUUCCAGCAAUCUGUCUUUUCCAGCACCCUAAUUGCAUGAUUGCGUAAUUUUCAGUAUUGAUAAAGUGUUGUGCAAACCACAGUCAAAAUGAUAGAAAAUAUUCAUCACACAACAUAUUUAUGAAAUUGUUAUCAUUAAUUGAAGGUUGUCAAAGAUAACUGUUUAUUCAUUUGAUCUUCUGCCAUGAACCCAAUUCCUGUGAAAAAAGGUGCAUACAGAUUAGCAUGCUAUUGCAGAUAAUUUAUUGCUCUUUUGUCAGAGAUGUCAUUAGAGUCACUAAUUGUGUAGUUAAGCUAAGUGUUGAAUGAUGUUGCAAUUAUUGUCACUUUCAUCUUCUGAAUGAGAAUGACAAAGAUCACUCAGUAAAUAAUGAGUAUGCAUUGGUACUGUUUUAUUCCUGGUCAUACACUUCAAUUGUAGUACUGUUUCAUAUCAGUAAUCACGUGGGCUUUUAUUGUUAUCAUAACUGCUUCUAAAACAAUGAAAAUGUGAAACCCUUAAGCUGGCAGAGCUGCUGUAGCAAGUUCGAUGUGCUAUAGUGUCUCAAAAGAUUCUUUCAUUUUGUAACUUAUAGAGGAAAAUAUCUGUGUAGCGAACAGUGAAAUUUCAUUGACUCUUAUGCAGAAAUUUCAUUUACAUUGACUUGGAUGAUCCUUCUACAUCUGGUGAACAUUAUACUUCCAUGAGGUACAUAUUUCUCAUUACAUACACUAAUUAUUAAUUUUUUUACUUCAGUUAUUACAAUACAGCCACAUAAACUCACUAUUUGACAGAUUUUUUGCCUGUUGGGUUACCAUUGUAUUAUCUUAUACUCUUUCAAGCAACAAAUUCAAGGCUAUCUACUCAAAUGCAUCCUUGGAUACCUCUUUUUUUAUGUCCUUGAACUUUCGAAUGACUGGACGUGGUGUUUUGUAUUGACUGACUACUUCCAAGCUGAUUUCCGCAUCACACUGGAACCAUCUUGAAGUGCUGUAAUAUAUAAUAAAAUCUACUUGUAUUUUCAGUAUUUAUUUUGCUAUAUCUUAAUUUAGCAGCUUUGUAGUUUGCUUCCUUGCACUUAUGGGGAGGAGAAGAUGGAGAAAAUCUUUAUUGCAGUUGUAUCUUCAUUCAUAUCUGGUCCAUUUUUAUUUGUGUUCUUGAGUGGAGUUCACAUAGUAAACUGUUAUUUUUAUGAAAACCUACUAUUACACAAAAUAAACUUCACUAGAAUGCAAGUAAAGCUUCAUUUUGCUAAAGACUGUGAAAUCCUCUCUAUGAAGUGUGCACAAAAUUUGUGUUUUUGCUGGCAGUACAUUCGCUGUGCCAUUUCAUGUCUGAUCUGGCACUGCUGCAAAAAGUAUUUUAAUGUUGUCAGUGAUACCCCUACUUUGAUGAACAAUCUGGUCAGUGUUUAUUGAAAUUUUUGCAGUUGUUUUUCGUACCAAAAUUGUUGUUAGAGUAUAAAAUCAUCAGACUUCUUCUUUACAUUGUUGGAUUGCCUAUUGUGUGACCAUGCCCAUUUCUGUGCAAAAUUGUGCAAACAUCACAGUAACAGGUUUCAGGAAUCUGUGUAGAUAAUCAACAAAAGUUUUGCUUACAAAAUUUUUACAAAUUGUUUCAUUUGACCAACCCUUAAGUGUGUGUUACUUACUGAACUCACUCACUGUUUUAAGUGAUUUGUGUAGUAGAUUUGUUCUGUUCUAGCAAUAUAGUUUGAGGAAAGAAUUAACAAAACUAUUUCCUGUUGUAUUCUGAUCCACUUGUAUUCCAUGGAGACUGUAACGAAAUGAAUUAGAAUGUACAGAUAAACAGUAAUCAUUAGUGUUUAAUUUUACAUUCAUUAGUUAUAAGUGAACAGUCUGAAGUGAUGGGGAUUAUGAAAGUUCUAUAGAGUGAGUGAUAGAUAAAAGUUUUGUAGAGUGAGUGAUAGAUAAUACCUGCUUCCAUGCACUAGAAAUUUGGACAUCUUCCGCCACUGUGAUUUAAUUGCAGUAUUGUCUUUGAAUGUGUGUGUGUGUGUGUGUGUGUGUGUGUGUGUUUACUACAGGUAAACAGCAUUCCUUAAAUUUUUUGACUUGGGCAGGUCAAUGAGAAGGAGUUAAUAUGGUCAGCAAUCUAAAAUAAAAAGGCACUAACAUUUGAAAAGUUGGAAUGGUUUGCAUCACCGAGCUUUUUCUUAAAAAGGUAUUAAAUUGCAAUGAUAAAUUCUCAUGAGGAUAUAAUGUACAGGGGUCAUUAGAUGAUUGGCUUUGCUUACGUAUUAUUAAGCACAAUCCUACCUUUGAUUUUACUUUUCAUUCAUCAGAGCUUUUGAUGUACCAGAAUACUACUGUAGAAUUGGUAAAAGGUGCACUCUAGACUCCACAUGAACUCGUCAGAAAUUGUAAUACUGCAGUAAAGACAUUGCCUACAUGCUUGUGUUCUGCUUCCUCUCCCCUUCGUAAAAGGAAAAGAAUUAACAUACGUAGUUAAGCUUAUUAUGUCUGGGAUAUGUGGAAUGAAUAUUUUAUGUUCAGCAUUUUUUGGAAAUUUCAUUAUGUAAAUCAUUAUAUGAUUGCAGAUACUUUAAUAAAAAUUAUAUUUUAAGUGAGGACUUAUAUGGAUCCCAACUUGUUUUUGUGCUGUACACUAAUACAUUCGGAUGAUGCCUAAGUAAUCGUUUAAAAUUCAGAUGCUUUUGAAGGAUUUUCCCCCUGAUGAUCAGUGUAUUCCCAAUGCAGUACCACAGCAGAGCAGCACUCACUAUAACUAAGAGUUCACAUAAAUUAGCGUGUUGUGAGAACAAUUGGAAGCAGUUGAUGUACUACCUAGCUUGUACCAUUUUGCACCAUCACAUGUCAAAAGAAUGUACAGAUGCGUGUUUUGGCAACUGUGGUACUGGGUCAGCCCAUAUUAAAUCAACCAAGGAUUUAGCCCUCAUAGGUUAGAUAUUUAUUGUUUAUUUUCUGUACCAAUAGAGCAAACAAAAAUUCAUACUGCUUUGAUGCAAAGAUCAUUUGUUUUUCAAACUUGAAGAAAUGAAAUCUGCUCAUUGUUCUGAGAGCGCAUUGGAAUAAAAAUGUCUGUAAACUCAAAGCUAUUGAUGCUAGGAAGUUGUGGCUGAUGUCAUUGUAAAUUUCCUGGUUUUAAACUUCGAGAUGUAACACAAUAAAUAAACUUUAAUUUGAUAUGUAACACAAUAGAUACUUAAAAAAUUUACUUCAUUAUACAAAAAUUACAUUAAAAAAAUUACAUUUAUCAAACGUUUGUGGAACCUACACUCUCUUUUGUGGAUGUUAUGUACAUUCGUUUCUGUACCUCUAAGUGGAAAAACUAGUUGUAUCGUAAAAUAAAUGUACUACAACAAAUUCAUACUUUUUAACUGAAUUGAUGACAAAAAUCAGUCUGUUACCAUAUUAUUUAUAAAAUUAAUUUUCAUUUAAACCAUACUUUUCUGAAAAAAUUAUCAUGAGUGUGUUUUACAUUAUAAAAAACCAAAAUUUUUGAAUAUUUGCAUGAUGAAGUUAAUUCCACAGUAGUGUUGUGUUGCAUAUCAAACCAAAGCAUUGGUCAUCACCUUUAAAAUGACAGUACCAUCAGAUCAAUAGAGUCAAUAGUUUUGGAGUUAUAUUUCAUUUUAUUCCUCAAAAAAAUUUGGGAAAUCAGAAAUUUUAAUAUUUUGAAGUAUCAACAACAAAUAACUGGCUUGUCAAGAGCUCUUAGAAUUUGCAGUACUUGACAAUUGCACAGGUACUGCCAAAUAUUAUAAGUCAGAGAAAUCUGGAAUAUCCAGAUCCAAGCUUUAACCAGAAUUGGUUGAUUUGACCUUAUCAUGUUUCUGUAAAAUAUUUAAUGAAUCUACAAAGAAUUUCAGAUAGUUAAGCAGUGUUCUGUGAGCAACUAGACCAUCCACCAUUUUUAGCCUUGAUAUUUCUAGUGGCUGACCAUAUUGUGUUAAAAAAAAUGUGGUGACUGUAUUGUCAGCUGUCACUACAAAAGCUUUCCGUAAAAAAACCUGUGUAUUUUGACCCAUGUAUGAAUGGUCCUCAUAUUUAAUUUAUAAAGCCAUAUUAUUAUUUGUAUUAAUGUAUUGAUACGUUAAAUAUUCAGUUUUAAAUUUUGAUUAUCUAGUUUAUAACGUGUGAUACUUUUGAAUCAGUAUUUAUACUAAUGUUUUUUAUUAGAAUUUUUAUCUGUUAACUGCUAUUAUUAAUAAUCUUAAUAAUGUUAUUACUUUUUAACUGUUUAAAUUUUCGAAAAAAAAAUUUUUUUUUCAGUUGUAUUGUUAUUUUUUCUUUUUGUUAUAGAAAUGUUUUAAACUGAGAUAUCACUUCCAGUAUUUUAGAUCCGAAGUAGAUCCAGAUACUGUUAAUCACUUACACCUAUUAUAUUUGCAAAAUAACACACAGGAAAUUUACAAAUUUAGUGCAAGAUCUCACCAUUGUGAUUGCAGGAUAUUCUUCUGUGAUUAAUAUGCUAAACUCUCAUGAGGAAAAUAUUUUAAUAUUUUAUUGUGUUUCAGUUAAUUGUUUAAUUAAAAUAUACUCCUACCUGGAGCUUCCAUUGUUUUAAUUAAAACAUAUGAUGAUUUCAAUUGUAAAAUGACAGUGAUACUGGAAUAUGUUGUGUGUGGUAUGGAUAUUAAUUUUAUACAACUGAAUUGUAGCUGCUUAGUGCAUCAAAUUUCUGAAAAGUUGUGUCUUUAUGCGUUUUCUCAUUUGGUGGACAUCUAUUUGAGAAAAAUGAGAGAAAAGACUACAAAAACUGUGUAACACAGACGAAUGUGUAAGUGUUAGCAGUUUGCCAAUGUUCUCAGUGAUUUGAAAUUUCUUUAAUGAAAUUUUGUGUUUAGUUUGAGACAAAUUGUGAGUUUUACAGGCUAGUCUGUGACAACAUAGAUUAGAUAGUGUGAAGAACGGUGUAUUGUUGAAUAUUUGACAUGAUGUAUAAUUACUGAAUGUACAUAUGCUGACAUAUAUAUUGUAGUCACAAAACAGAACAGCUUUUAGUUCACCUAAUUAUACCUACAAGAAUCUUUAAUUU